AUGGAACGGUUGAACCUGAUAAACAAACGCGGCCCACGUCAUCCCGAAGGAGGCUUGAAAAUGGCCGUCCCAGCAGACGUUCUGUCACCCUUUAAGACUGGAAUGAAGUCCUACCAUCACACGCUUAAGAGAGUUAUUAAGUCUCUAAGAGAAGAUGAUACAUCCGCUCUGGAAAGAGUUUUCUAUAACUUUAUCAUGUCACUGAUUGUUACCAUAGUAUUUUCUAGCAUCACGAUGACUGCACUUUGUGGCAAUUAUUUUUUCUUCGCAAAUAGAGAGAACAGUUUUCUAGUAAAAAAGCUGAAUGUUUUGAGUGAAACAGAAACAUCUGUCAGAUUACAAUGGACACAGCCAGAAUUAAGAGCUGAAAGGUAUGAAGUCAACAUCAUCAGUACUGAACUUUACAUUGAUGAAGCCUUUGAAGUAGAUGCAUGGACAAAGACCUCUGAAAUCCUAGGCCGACUGACCACUGGUGGCCAGUACUUGUUUAGUGUGACAUCAUUUGUUACUUAUGAAGAUGGACAGGAAAGCCCACUAAAAUCUGAGGAGAUCAAAAUCACGAUGAGACCUUCAGCACCAGGUCCAAUAGAUAAACACAAGAGUCUUGUUUCCGGAGCACAUGUAGAGCUGAUUUGGGAGGCAUCACCAGGAUAUGUAGAGAGUUAUAGUGUUGUUUUGAAGGACUGUUACGGAGAUGUGGUAACCUCAGUAAUGACAGAAUCAACACAUCUGACCAUAUCACUUGACAAGCAUAGACUUUCUACAGCUUAUGCAGUAGAGAUUUGUUCACUCUCACAUGGAGAAAAAAGUGAACCUCAAACACAUACCCUACGAAUGAAAGAUUCUGAUCUGAGCAUUCAAGACCUUCUUGUAACAACACAGGACAGUACGUCUGCUACACUUGAGUGGAAACAUCCAGUAUAUAUACCUGUACAGAGGUAUGAAGUUCACAGGUCUCUAGCUCAUUCAAGCGAAGUAAAUAUCAUCAAAAUUGCAGCAAACAGAAUGCAACAUUUCGUGACAGAUCUUAUGCCUGGACAAGCCUACAGAUUCAAGGUGAUAUCAGUCCUACCAAUGCAGUGUGGAAAAGAGAGAAUUGUACAGUCGCAAGAUGUCUCUGUCACAACACGCCCUGCAAUGCCAGGUAUGGUUGAUAGAGAGAAAAGCACCAUCAAAUCUACAUCAAUGGAGUUGAUAUGGCAAGCUUCAGAGGGUGUUGUGGAUAGGUAUAUUGUUAAAAUAGCAAGUGACUCUCCAUUUAGAGAAGAAUAUGAGACAAAUACUCCUUCUGUGGUUAUAAAGAAUCUAGAAGUAAAUACCCGAUACCAGUUAGAUAUCUAUGCUGUCAGUGGUGAGGUGAUGAGUGAGCACAAAACUGAAGUGUUGAAAACAAAAGACAUAGAAGUCUCUUGGGGAUGCUUAACCAUGGCCAUGGCUACAGGAUCAUUAGCUGGGAUUGGUGUUGUUUCAUUAGCACCUAUUCUUGGAGCUGUAGGAUUUGGUGCUGCUGGAAUAGGUAAAGGCACUUUGGCAGCAGCAUGGAUGUCUUCCUAUGGUGGAACAGUAGCAUCUGGAAGUCUGUUUUCUUUCCUACAGUCACUUGGAGUUGUUGGCCUUGGAGCAGCUGCUAAGGCAACUAUAAUAACAUCUGGAAUUGCAUUGGGGUGCAUUGCAGAAGUGGUAUGAUGUGAACAUAAUGAAUAUGACAGUUCAUGGGCAUGGAUAACUUUUUGCUAGUGACUGACUGUCAAAGUGAAGUGAAAUGAAGGCAUGUAAAUCAUCAAUUGGUAAUCUGUCAAACAUAGCUGGAAGCUUGUGUCUGGUUUUACAAGCAACUUCCAUGGAUUACUUACAUGUAGUUAAAGCCUCACUUGACAAAUUUACACAUGGUUAUUAUGUAAAGAUAAGAUUCAAACAUGCUUAAGCAGGGUGGUAUCUAUUACUAAACAGAAUAUAUCAAAAUAAAUAAAAAUCAAUAUGAAGCUCAGAAACCAUCAUGAGUGUAGUCAGCACGUUUACAGGUAAAGUGCAAUGAUGCAGUUGUCGUGUGUUUUCUGUGACAUCAUAUCACAGGUAGAAUGCUGGUAUUUGGUCAUGUGAGACCUGGCUGUGUAAUUUUAAUAGGGAAUAUGCAUGUUUCUAGUAAAUACCAACCUCUCACAGAAAUAUCUUCCAACUUUGGUUCAGCAAAGAUAAUAAAUGGAGGCAUGUUUACAGAAAGUGAAGCUCAACAGUUUAGAUACAAAUACUAAUGCAUGAUAUCAUCAUGAGUAUUUCUCAGAUGAGUUCAUGUUUAUCUAUAUAAAUAGAUCAUAUUUCUCUUCUCUUUUUUGGUGAAAGUUGCUUAUAAUGGGGUUUUAAUAUUUAAAUCGAGUCAGUCUUUUUUUUUCACUUUCAAACAAUUUGUUGAUGACAGACAAUCAAUUAAACCUACUUUUUAAGUACAUUAUUGUAGUGCGUUGAAAACCAAUCAAUGUUUUCACUGUCACUUCUGCAACUAUGUUACUGAUAUUCCUGCUAAUAAUUGAAGUUUUUUUUUUUAUUUUCUGUAUAUCUUUAGUCGUAGUUUUCUUUUUCAGAUAUUAUUCAUUAUUUUCCCCUUCAAAUUACAAUAAAUAUGGAUCAUUUGACCCCAAUUUUCAGGAUGACUUGUAGUCAUUGUGUUUCUUUCAUUAUCGUCCACUAAGGGUUACACAUGAAAAAAGCACUUUGAGGUUUUUGUUACCUUUACCACUUGAAUUCAGAGUUUAUAAAUGUACAUCUAUAUCACAUACUGUAAAGUCUGAUGAAACAGAUACAUAACAAUGUGGAGUCACCUGUGCAAGCAUUUUUUCUCCCGGGUAAUGUGCCUCAGGUUGAUUACAGUUAGCAUAUCAUCAUAUUUCAGGGGAUUCAGCAUUCUCAAUUUUUUUAUAAGUUCAAAAUAAAUUCUAUUUUAACUUGUAACUUCUUUUCUCCAAAAGUCAAGUGAAUGAUGGUCACAUUUCUUUUGUCAAAAUGGGGGAGAGAAAAAGUAUUUUAAUCGGUAUAUUCAUAGACAACUCAGCUUGUGAUAGGUGAAAGAGUCUACAUAUUAGACAGAUAAUAUAUAACUUUUCUACAAUAUUCACAAACAUUCUUUGUGCAGUGUUCUUAAAACUUAUUACAUAAACUUAUAUAAUGACAUACAUAUACAUUAUCGUUAAGAGUUUGGUGAAUAUUCCAGUCCCAUUUGUCAGUAUUUAUGUCAUAUUGGCUUCUGUAAAUUAUUUGAUUUUGUCAUGUGAAUGUCUUUUUUUGCAAUUCUAUAAUGGUCUUUGACAUAACAAGUACAUAAUAUGUGUUAAAUGUGACAUUUAGACCUUUUCUGUGUUUAAGUGAAACAAAACAUUGGCGACUGUGUUGAUAUAUCAGUUAUAAGCAUUUUUUGAAGGAAAGAUGUGAACAUAUCUCAUAAUGUCAUUAUAUUAUGACAUGAUGAUAUUUGUAGUGAUCUCUAUAAACUGUUAAUAACUUUAUUUUCUUUUGAAAUAUUAGAUGUUCCAUUUGAAUGCUGGCUUUUCUCAUUGUUAUCAUUGUAGAACUAAUAUGUAUUACUCCUUGAGCUGACAAUAACCCCUGUUCCCCUCUUAGGGGGGAAAUUGGAAGAGUAUAAUUUUCUAAAAGCUUAUGGAAAAUGCUCCAUGAAAAUCGAUUUUUACCACCUGGCUGUUGGGGCUUUUGGACAUUAUUCCGCCCCCCUAUUAGUUUUGAUGUUAUACAAUAGAACACAGUCAAGGUUAUAACGUGCGUAAUUUUAAUGCUAGCACCAUAAAAUGGUCUCAAAUGAAAGCUUAUGAGUUUUUCUUUAAUUUGAUGCCAAAAUAUGUCCACCAGCUAAUCUGCAUAUUUAUAAAUAUUAAUGACUUGUUCAAAAUGGCUGACAUUUUUAGUAACUUAAUGCAUAUUAUUACAUCUGAAGUGUAAAUUUCAUUGUGGAUAUUUAAGCUGUGUUUGAACUUUGAGUGUUGGGCCGUUUAGGUAUGAUGUCAUUUUAAAUCGACCCACCCCUAAAAUUUUGCAAACCAAUUGACAAGUCACUCACCUGAUAAUAUUCGGAAUCACUGUUAUUCAUCUGUUUAUGUUAUUCUGAAUAGUUAAUCAGACUGUAAUGAAAAGUUAAAUAAUUACUUCAGAUUACAAAUAAUAUUUUAAGACUACAUAUCUCAUUAUUGAUUAUUCUUUUGUAAGGAACAGGAAAUCUCUUCUUGAAAAAUAUGAGGAAACAUGUGCUUUUGUUUUCAGACAAUUUCCCUUCCUUUUAAUCUUUCUGUGUUGUGCCAUAAAUAUUUAUUAUGCAAUAUUUAUGAUAUUAUGGGAGAUAUUUUAAUGUAUUAUGUAAAUUAAUGUGAUGUAUGAACAGUUGUUUGAACAUAUGAGCUAGCGCUGACUAUCAUAACAAAUGUCAUAUUAAAAAAUUGAAAAUUGUCAUAUUUAAGAAGCAAUUCAAAGCAAAGUUAUCAUUGUUUGAAAAAUAGUUACUUUAUCUUGAAAGUGUCCUGUAUCCUACAUUUCUGAACUUUCACAUUUUAGAUCAGAUGUGAUUGAAAGUACUGGAAGAAUGAAACAGCUGUCUGAUGAAGUUUUACUUGAUCAGAUGUCACUAAAGUCCCUAAUGAACGAAACAGCUGCAUGAUGCAGUUUUACUAGAUACGAUGUCACUGAAAGUCCUGGAAGAAUGAAACAGCUGUAUGAUGAAGUUUUACCAAAGUAUAAUGUACCUAUGUAUUGCUUAUCAUCUUAAUUUUGUAUAUUAGUGGUGUGUACUUGAAGUAGAAAAAAAGUCUGUAUUUAUUGUUGCAGUUCCCUGUUUGGGUACACGAUAGGACAAAAAGAGACAGGUGGGAAUGAGGGAUUGGAAAAUUCUACUGUUAUCGUAGAUAUAAGGGUCAGUUAGGUUACACACUUUAUAACUAGUAAGAAUCAAUAUCCACAAAAUGGUUGUGUAGAAAUAUUCCAACUUGUUGACAUCUCAGAGUAUUGUGAAUUACAGCUUCUAUUGAUUGCUCUUAUUUGUGCUAAGAAAACUUUGGAAUGAAGGGUAAUAUUUUGUUGUGUAUUUGUUGCAGAAAUAAUCAAAUCUGAAUUCAUUGUAUUUGUGUAGUUUAUAAUAUAUUAAUGGUGUAUACAAACAGAGGUAUGUGUGAGAAGUGACUUCUCUACCCAUGGUAGGGCUUUCUUUUAUACUCACUGUUGAGUAAUAAACAAAUAAGUGUUACAUAAGUUAAAAUAUUGUGUAAGGUUUACACUGGUCCCCUUGGAAUGUACCUAUUAAUGUACAGGUGGAUGGAAUGAUGUAGGAACAUAUCUAAAAUAAUUUUCUGGUAAAUUUCACACUUAAGUCUCUAGAUACACUGUCUCUUAUUUUCCUUCUUUUCAAGAGUCUGUGUGUAAAUCUUUUAUUGAAUUUGAGGUUGAAUUAUGGCUGUGUUUACAUGUUGUUAUUUUCUUUGGGUUUUUCCACAUACAGAUAUUGAAGCUCCAAUAUGAAAUAGUGCAGCAGGUAUGCCCAAGAAUCCUUUAAAUAAUGAAGCUUGACUUUCAUAAUAAUAGGCUUUAUUUAUUCUUAUUGAUACUGAGCACAAAGAACAUCAUCUAUAUGGUCAAGAUAUAAGAUAAAAUAUACAAUAUUUACACCUUUGAUAUAACUUAACUAGAAUUCAACAGGGACAAGUAUAAAUCUCUCAAAAAAAAUGUUUUGCAGAUUUCGUAAGUGCUGAAAGUGUAGGAAAAUUCAUGACAAAACAGGCAAAAGGAUUGCAGGUAAAAAAUCCCCACACCUACAAGAUUUAGAAAAAAAUGUCUUCUGUGGAGGCAAAUGGAAUACCUAGUAGUAAAUCAGGUUGUCCAGGAUCUUACACAUAAACCUGAUUGCUUAUUUCUUAUUGAAGAUUAAUACUUGAACCAUGCAAACAUUGAAUAUCAACAAAUAUGAUAGGGAACUGAAAAAUAUGUUGUUAUCUUGAUUAAGUUUAAACAUUGAUUUAUUUCUUGAUAUGGCAGUGAUACAAAAACAGUAAACAUAAACAAGUAUUAAAAAACAACUGCUAAACACCAAGGUUUUCACAGAUGACGGGGAUCAAUGACGAAUAUAAUGGCAUAACCCUGACACCAUAGCAUGGUACACCAUCUACUAAAUAGCAUGGCACUUCACCAGUCAUCACACUAAAAUGUCAUAAACAGACACUAAGCAUGACACCUCACCCUGUAACAUUAUACUGACUAUGGACUAAAAUGUCAUAACCAGACACGUAGCAUGACACCUCACCCUGUAACAUUAUACUGACUAUGGACUAAAAUGUCAUAACCAGACACGUAGCAUGACACAUCACCCUGUAACAUUAUACUGACUACGGACUAAAAUGUCAUAACCCGGACACGUAGCAUGACACCUCAACCCUGUUACAUUAUACUGACUACGGACUAAAAUGUCAUAACCCGGACACGUAGCAUGACACAUCACCCUGUAACAUUAUACUGACUACGGACUAAAACGACAUAACCCGGACACUUACCAUUACACCUCACCCUGUUACAUUAUACUGACUACGGACUAAAAUGUCAUAACCAGACACGUAGCAUGACACCUCACCCUGUUACAUUAUACUGACUACGGACUAAAAUGUCAUAACCCGGACACGUACCAUGACACCUCACCCUGUAACAUUAUACUGAUAUUUGGAUGAGAUAACGAAAUAUCUUGUACUCACAGGUAACAAUAUAUCACAACAAAGAAAACCACAGACAAAUAACCGAUAUUGACUUCAAGUUUGAUGAAGAAAGCACCCUUUGAACAACACUUGUCUUAAUUAUCGAUCAAGUGAUAAGAUGAUAAGAUGGAUUUGCAAAUUAAAUUAAUUUCCAUUUCACAUGUGAUUUAUGAAACUUGCAAAAAUUUCGCUGAAAUUAAAAAUGUUUUGGUUUGUUAUAACUGGAAACUAACAAGCUACUUGAUAGAUCAUUUUAAAUUUUUUCCAAGAAUACCAUGAUACAGAUUGACAUUCCUGGAUGUUCCAAUCAUUCGGAAAUUAAAACCAAGCGUAGACCGGAAAUCUGGGGUAAAAUGUAGGUUGCCUAUCUUAACAACUCAUUGAAGUAUGCUGCCAUAUUUGGAAACAGUGACUCCUUAAAUUCCUUUUUUACGUCAAAGACACGCCCACCAUCCUCCAUUUGCUGUAUUUCCCAUAUUAGUAUCAUGAAGUCGGCUGUAGAGCCAUUUGCAUAAAUAUUGGUGUUUCCCAUUUAAUUCAAUGCAACGAAUAAAAUCAACCUAUCGAGGGGUAUUCAUCUUUAAACUUCUUUGGUCAGGACUUAACUUUGAUAAAGGUAAAUUGCCCUCCUCUUAGUGCAAUGUUGUCAGUAAAUAUAGCUUCAGUAGUACAGUAGUAUUUUCUCAAGAUCCAAAUGAAAACAGCUUCAUCUAUGGUUUUCUUAACUUUCCUAGAAUUGUUGUCUUUUUGUCGAAGUAGAUUCAGAAUAUGUGUACGAUUUCCAUUGUAGGUGUUAUGCUGUUUGUCUAGGGAGUUAUUCCCCUUGUUGUGCAUUACGUCAUCAGUUAUGAUAGUAAAGAUGAGGGAACGAA